UCCGAUCAAGAAUUUGUAAGCUGCAGUGAAUGUAAGACGAUAUUUUCAAGUUAAAUAUUUACUGCGGUUUAGAGCUCAACCAAUAUCCGGUUCCAAGUUUGUUUACGGUUUUCACGUGUUUUUAUUUCUAGAAAUUUUGAUCGAAGCAAACAGUUUCACUAAAAGAUGUUUAGAGAAGAAUAUGGUGAUAUAAAUAUUUACAAAUAUGACUGAAACGAGAAACGAUGUUCCAAAUUUCAAAACCAAUAAACUCACAGAAUUGUGUAACACAAAUACAGAAAGAAAUGAAACACAGAGGGAGAUGUGUAAUGCAAACACACACACACAAACGUGUAAAUUGAACAAACACUCAAAAAGAUGUGAAUACAAAUUUCAUGUAGAGAAAUGUUUGCUACAACUUGUUGAUUUCUUAACUCCAUAUCUCCCCUUGGUUGACAGCCACACAUCAGAUUUCAUUACCAAAGACCAGUGGAACACAUACAUACCAGCUGCCAUCCAGGGGCAACUGUUGCAUCUCUCUAAUGACCAGCUUCUACUAUUGCCUUCAGGUGCUGUGCAUUGGCCACCACAGUCCACUCAGAGUACAACACUUGAGGAUCACAUCCCACUUGGCAUCAAAGGAAACAAUUUAAGACUUGCCAACCUGGAAUGCAAAACUUUGAAAUGGAACCACAAUAAUCUUGAAGAAUUUAUCAAAUCUGCCCAUGAAAAUACUCUCCCUCAGCUUGCUGUAUUAACUGCCAUUGAAGAUCUCAAGAUGAAAUAUCAACUGACUGAAGACAAAACACCAUUUGUUAAGGAUUUCAUGUCGAAACAGAAAUCCCAUGAAGUGGCUGUUAUGGCACAGUUGUGCCACUCACUGUGUCAACACUUUGGAAUAUGUAAAGUUGUUGACUUAGGCAGUGGCAAAGGCUACCUUGGAACCCAACUUGCAUUCAAUUACAAUUUAAAAGUCUUUGGUAUUGAUUCUGCUGAUCAGAAUACAUCAGGAGCGAAUAAGAGAGCAAAGAUUUUGAAAAAACAGUGGUCAGGACUUAUUAAAAAAUUUACCAUUAACCAAAAUUCUUAUCACAACCGACCAGUUCCAAAUGAAGAAGAAUCUCUGAAAAUCCAGAGUCAGAAUAAUAACAGUGGUGACUGUGGUAAUCUUCAGAAAUUUGUUGCAACAACCACUGAGAAGGAACCGAGAGGGUUUUAUUGUCCAUUUACCACAUAUGUAAACUCUGACACCAAUAUCUUACAGUUGAUUGCAGAACAUGACAAAUGUGAAGCCAACGCCACUUCCCAGUGUGGCAGCAGGAAACUGCUUGUCGCAGGCCUCCAUACUUGUGGCAAUCUCUGCCCAACAGCUCUUCGGUUCUUCUCUCAGAAUCCUGCAGCUCAUCUCCUCUGUAAUGUCUCUUGCUGUUAUCAUCUUUUAACAGAGGAAUUUGAUCCCAACGGUGCUGCUCAAAGUAUACCUGGUUUCCCUGUCAGUUCCAUUCUGAGGAAGAUGAAGUUUCAUUUGGGUCAAAAUACAAAAAAUCUGGCCUGCCAGUCUGUGAACAGGAUCAUAUCUUCUAGCAAGUUAAUAGGAGAAUCUCUAUUCCAACGAGCACUCCUCCAGAAGAUCUUCAUUGAUACCUUAUCCAUGCAGGAACAAAAUUCUUUGAAGAAUUCCAUCAAAUUAAGAAAAUUAGCCAGCAAAUGUUCUUCAUUUUAUGAUUAUGUAAAAAUGGCUUUCCAGAAAUUGGACGGUUCUUCUGAAAAGAUCUCUGAAGAAAUGGUUCAGAAUUAUUUGGUAAAAUAUGAAGAGGACAAAAAGAAACUUGCUGCUUUUUACCAAGUAAAGUCUGCCUUGGCCCCAUGUAUUGAAGCACUCAUCACACUGGACCGCAUUUAUUACCUCCUGGAACAGGAAUCCAUCAAAGACGUCUCUCUCUUACAACUCUUUGACCCUGUCACAUCUCCUCGCUGUUAUGGAAUUGUUGCUGUGAAAAAGAUUGCAGUUGAAGAUAUUUGCUCAGCUGAUGCCAAAGAAACAGAUGUCACAGAUUCAACAACAGAUGUCAUAACAGGUUUAGCAACAGAUUUAACAAAGAUAUAACAACAAAUGUCACACAGACGUAACACCAGAUAUAACAGGGUUGACAACAGAUAUCACAAUAAAUGUGACAACAAAAUCAACAAUGGAUGUCACAACAGAUGCAACAACAGAUCUAGCAACAAUUACAAUAACAGGUCUAACAGCAGAUAUAACAAAAGAUAUAACAACAGGAACAAGAACAGAUGUGUCCACAGAUUUACUAACAGAUGGAUGUAACAGUAAUGUAACAGAAAACGGAACCAAAGAUUAGUUUAACAACAAAUACAGAUUUAAUAAUAAAUGUCUUGUGGUAUUUCUUUAUUUUUCGAUGUUAUUAUUAUUAUUAUUAUUAUUAUUCCGGUCACUGCCUGGAAUCGAACUCGGAAUCUUGGGGUUAGUAGCUCGCGCUCUUAACCACUACGCCAUAUGCCCGUGGACAACUAUGGAGUAAGUUUUAGGGCUUAUAAAUCUAAUAUUUUCCUAUCCUUCCUUAAUACUGGUAUUAAUAAUCAAUAAUAAUAAUAACAUCAAAAGUCUAUCAAGAACAAAGACACAUUUGCUUGAAAGGCACCACCCUGCUCAGGAAUCGAACCCACGAUCUUGUGAUCGUGAGCUGGAGACCCUGACCACGAGUUCAGCCAUAAACUGAAAGUUUCAUCUCUCACAUUACUUGGAUACAAAUUGGAAAAAGUGUUAUAUAACGCCUUCGUUAUCAAAUAUAAAUAAAGCGGCGAGUUGGCAGAAUAGGUAGAGCGUCGGAAAAAUAUCUCGCGGUAUUUCUUUACGUUCUGUGUUCCAAUCCCGCCUGGGUUAGCUCUGCCACCCCCACCCCCUUUUUAGCGAUGAUAAAACAGACUAGCAACCAAAGACUGUCAUCAAUAUAAUCGACUGACCCUCAACCCACCCCGAAUUGUUGACCUUGUGCCAAAAUUUGAAACCGUUAUUAAAUACAGAUUACUUCCAUUGUUCCAUAAGAGUUUUUUGAAGAAACAACGGGGGCGGGGGAGCAAUAAUCUGUAAAUAUUUUUUAUCAAAACAGAAAAAACUUAAUCCGGAGAUUUUGAUUCAAUAUUACACUUAAUUGCGGUGGAGGCAGUUUUCUGAAUAAAUCUAUGAUUAAAAAAUUCCA